AUGAAUUCUAACUAUAAUCAGAGACCUCAAACAUCAGCUCCUGCAUUUACACUUGCUAGAAACUCAGAGAAUUCCAUACCAGAUUAGUCACCUUAGGGUGAACAUUCAUUUGAUAUAAAUCAAAAAUACUUAUCUAGGGAGGAGAAAAUAUCAUCUUAUCAAUCAAAUUUCCAUCCUUAUCUAAGCAAAGAAAUUUCUCCUAUGAGUGGAAAUAAUCUUGCAAAUAAUUAGCAUUGGGCACAAAAUAAUAAUUAACUUGGAGGUUUAGGAAGUGUUUCAACAUAUGGCAUGGACAUUUUAUCGUCUGAAAAGAAAUAAAACAGAUCAAGAAGAAAAAGCAAGCAAAAGAGAUAAUCAGAUUAGUUCAAUUAAUUCAGCAGCAGCCAUGCUGGACAUCGCAGCAGUUCUGAUGCGAUAGGAGGAUAAACGGGAACUUACACUCAAGAAAUUGAAAACAUUUUGAAUCAAAAGGAAUAGGAACUCUAGCAAGUAAAUCAGUUGAGGAUCUAAACUUUAGAAAACAUAAUUGAAGAAAAAAUGAGAAUAAUAGAGUCUUUAGAGAAGUAAACAGGCCCUUCUGUUGGAGCAAACACAGUUAUUGGUAAUGUAGGGGGUAUAGGAAGCAGUCUCCUUGUUUAAUCUCCAAUGCAUUAAAACUAAAUAAAUAGUACAGGUUAACUACUCUAGGCAACAAGAUAAAAUACCCCAAAUCUCGGAUUCAAUAAAUUCUCACAGAAUUCUGGAAAUGUACUUUCGGGAGGUAGUGCAAUAGAAGCGUCCUCGUCAAAUCAUUUGCAUCAUUACCUAAAUCAUAAUAUCGAUGAAUAGCCUUAUUUGAAUCAGCAAUUAAGUAAGUAUAAGCAGAGAGCUCUAAAGUACAAAGGACUCUAUAAUUCAGUAAAGAAUGCUCUUUAAGCAGAGUAGAUCAACUCUAAUAAUUAUCUUCAAUAAUAUGAAGAGCAAAGGAUUAAAAAUCAAGAGUUAGAAAUAAGAGUGAGCAGUGUAUAAUUAAAGAUUGAAUAAGAGAUAAAAAGAGUAAAGUAGGAGUGUUAAAGCCUCAUAAAGAAAUAAGAACAGGAUUUUAACGAAGAAAGAGUUUAAAUGUAAAACUAAGUCUAAAUUAAAUGCCUUGAAGUAGAGCAGAAGUAAUAAAUAAUUAACGAAUAUAGAAAUGACUAGCAGAAAGCAAAAGAGUUCUAAGGACUGAGAGAGGAAAUGAUUCACAAGUUGUAAUAGAAAAACUCAGAUAUAAGACUAUUGGAGCUAGAAAUACAGCGAUUAAUAACAGAUAACAACAGUAUUUAAUAGUCAAAUGAAGAUCUCAUUAAUGAGAUGGAGCAUCUUAGACAAUCAUCAAUGGAACAUCUAGAGAAUAUGGAGAGAGAACUUUAGCAAAAAUAUGACUAAGCUUAAAAUGGAGAGUAGGAAUUAAGAGAUCUCUAGGAAUAAUUCUUGGAGUUCAGGGAAGCCAAGAAACUAAAAGAAAAUGAUUUGAAAUUAUAAUUAGACAAGUACAAGCAUGAUGUUGAUGUCAUAAAUAGAGAUAAAUCCUUAGAAAUAUAGCAUUUAAAAUUAGUUUCAGAGACAGAAAGAUUAAAUCUCAAGUCAGAGUUUGAGGUUAGACAGGAAAUCCUCUCUAAGGAAAAUUCUUACCUUAUUGAAGAAAGAAAAAAGCUUAAAUCUGAUAUCAAAGAGUGGCAGUCUAAAUUCGAGGCAGAAUUCAAGCUUUAUAAGCAUGAAACUGACCUUUUAAGAAAUGAGUUACUUAAGGUUAAAAGAGAGGAGCUAAAUAAAAAUAAACUACAAGAGGAAAUUGAUAAUCUAAAACAAGUUAAAGCACAGUAAAAGGCACAGUUAGAAAAGAUGAUGCUAGAUAACUAAAGCUUACAAAGACAACUUCAAAUGGCAAAAAAUGCAAUAAAUAAUUAAGGAAAUUUUUAAUAAAACACUAUACUCAAUACUUAAAACAGCAAUAAUCAAAUCGAUAACAAUAGCUUUAUACAAGGAGAAAACCCAAAUUAAAAGUCAUUUAUCAUCACAGAUGUUUAGUAAUAAUACAGUGACAGAAGACAUCAUUCGUAAAGAUCGGCUCAUUUAUAAAAGCAAGAUCAGACACAGAUUAUAACUGAGAAUGACUUGCCACUUUAAAUAUCUCCAAAUCAUCCAUAACUUACUUAAAUAAGUGGCAAUCUUACUCCUCGAGAGCGUUAAACAACAUAAACUCAUCAUAAAGUAUUCUCUGAUCAAAUAAAUUCAAUCAAUUUUUAAAAAGAAUACUUUGCUAUGAAAGAGGAUAACACUAAUUAUAAGAUCUAAGUCUAUGAUCUUCAGUAAUAGGUUUAAAUUCUAGAUUCUAAACUUCAAGAGCUAGAACAUAAAAGAAAUGAACUAGCAAAUCAUAAUAAAUAAAGGCGAAAGGAUUUAGAUGAACUUGAAAAGAAAUAUAAUGAUGGUGUAAUAAAGAAUAAAGACCUUGAGAAUCAAAUCACAGAGCUAAAUCAUUUUCAAAAGCAACUAUCUCAUGAUAUUGAGUCUAAGGAUCGAGAGAUAAGCUAUUUACAGGAUAAAAUCAACAAGCUGAAUGAUCCUAUAACAGUCAAAUAUGAAAAGGAUGGACUAGUUCAAACUUAUAAAAAGAGAGUUGCUGAAAUGGAAGAAUAUAUACAGUUGCUAGAAACAAAAAUUGCAGAAUUGAAAGCCUAGUAAUUCGAAGUCACCUUAAAGUAAUAAAAUGCUAAAGAAAACCAUAAUUAUAGUUAAAUGGGUGGCGGGGCUAAAAUGCAAUCUUAAGGAUCGAAUGACUAAGGAAAUCUGAAAAGACUCUCGGUUCAGAGUAGAGAUAAUUAGUAAACCAGUUUUAGCAAUGCUAACACAUAAGAGUACUAUCAUUAUAAUAACGAUAAUCAUAAUUCAAACAGUUAUGGUAAAAUAAAUUAACACAAGCAGACUCUUUAGAGUUCUUUUAAGGAUAAAAUAGCCUCGAUGAAGAUGCAACUUAACCUUUGA